GGAAAUGUUAUCAGUCGGUUUGCUUUCCCCUUUCUAGCUAUGUCUGGCCGCGGCAAGGGAGGGAAAGGUCUUGGCAAGGGCGGCGCCAAGCGCCACCGUAAAGUCCUCCGCGACAACAUCCAGGGCAUCACCAAGCCCGCCAUCCGCCGCCUGGCCCGCCGUGGCGGAGUCAAGCGCAUCUCCGGCCUCAUCUACGAGGAGACCCGCGGGGUGCUGAAGGUGUUCCUGGAGAACGUGAUCCGCGACGCGGUCACCUACACGGAGCACGCCAAGCGCAAGACCGUCACCGCCAUGGACGUGGUCUACGCGCUCAAGCGCCAGGGCCGCACGCUCUACGGCUUCGGCGGCUGAGCUAGCUGCUCGGCUUUUUUUUUUUUUUUUCUCCCUCUCUGCCUAAAGGCCCUUUU